AUUUAUGAGUUUUUCAUUGUAUUGGCAGAAGGUGUUAUUGGAUAGUGAGUGUAGAAGAUAUGAGCUCGCAGUUCAUAGCGCAGGUGCAAUGGUUAAUGAAGAUUCAACAAAUCAAACAGGCAGAAAUAUUAUUUGAAAGAUCCAACUACACUUGGUUAUGUAGUAAGAGGGUGUCUUUUGUCUGGUUAUCAACAAAACAAGAGAUGCAAAUUCGAAAUUCCUUGUCGAAGGUUUCAUCCGAUCAACAAGUUGAGGUUAUGAAGAAGAUGAUCAAAUGGCUUGAGGAUAACCCAGAUACUGAUGCUCCGAAAAUUCCAGAAAUAGUUCUAUCUUUUCUGGAAAAUAGUUACAUGGUUAAUUUGAUUUCCCAGGCCAAUUUUUCAAGAAUGGCUACUUUUCGGAAUAGUCUGAGAAGACUAUCGAUUAUAUCAAAUAGAAUUGUGCCUUUUUCUACAAAUGUCAGUUAUAGAUCUAGAGCAAACAGAUCGGUUACUUUUAAUGAUAAUCCUGUUGUUCAUAAAAUAUCUAGUUAAUAUUCAUUGACCUAUUCUUGUUAUUUUGGAUUAUAAGCCUUUGCAUUGAUUCUAUUGUAAUGAUAUUCACUAAUAGCUAUUGUUUAUGAAUGAUUUUAUCAUUAAAAAUCCAUGAAUAAUACAAAUACUAAAAAUAAAGUAUCCAGGAUAAACUGAUUUGUAGGUAAUUGCAUUAACAAUAUUAAUUAAAAUUAAAUUAGAAGUAUACAAUACAUAUAAAUAAACAUAUGUGAAUAAAUAAAUUCUUUGUUUACAAAUAUUAAGUUAUUUCUCAAAUAUUAGAAUGAAUAAUUAUAAUAAUAUUCCUGUAAAUAUGAAAUGGACGUCCACGAAACUAACAAAGAUGGGUGUCUUUCAGACGAUAUCUCAUGGACAUCAAGGAGAUAUAUAAACAGGUUCUUAUAAUUCUCAAUAGUUCAUUUCUCUAUGUAUAUGUCUUUUCGACAUCCAUAAAAUAUCUCGGGAAGAAAUGUAAACAGGUUCCGGUUUUCUUAGACUCAAGUGUGACGUGAUGGGCAUGUCUUAGUUUAGGGGCUACUCGCCGCACGCGAUACCACGCGACUACUGUAGACUAAGGUGUCAAAGACACAAUCUUGUAAAAAAAUUACAAAUCCGAUAAGAUUGAAAUAUUUUGAAUUUACCGCUAAAAUGACAUGAAACAUUAACCACAGAUCAUAGGUCACAGAAACUUGACUUCUCAGUAUCAAAUAGAGUCCAGAUAGUGUCCCUUCUGUAAUGUAUUAUCUAAUAUCAUCUCCUAAGAACUCAUUUUCCCACUACUCUACAAAAGGUAUGAAAAGAAAACGAUGAUUGAUUUAAUCUUUUAUAGCUAUGAAAUUAAGUUAAACAAAACAACAUAAGGCAAAUUCGAUAUUUCUU